AUGGCCGUCGCGGGUGAACUGCAAGGAGCAGCUGAGCAGCGCAAACGCGACGCACUGCACCGCGAGGUCGCCGAGGUGGUCGCCCUCGUGCAGAGCGACUCUCCGCUCGUUGCACUCGAGGGGUUUGCGAAACUCUCGCAUGUCACAUUUAACAACCUGGUGAGCAAAGAAGCGGCAGGCCAAGCAGGAGCGGUCGAGGCCGUUGUCGGUGCCAUGGAGCGCAAUGUCGCCAAUGGAACUGUGCAGGAAGACGGCUGCCACGCUCUGCGCAAUGUGGCGUUCCAUUGCUUGCCAAACUUGGUGCUGGUGCGAGAACAAGGCGCCAUUGCAGCGGUGCUCAAGGCAAUGGAGACACAUCCCGAGAACGAGGCCCUUCAAGCUGAAGGCUGCUGGGCGCUGCUGGUCUUUUGCUCCAACACGGAUGAAAAUGCCGCGGUAGCGAGACCGCACGUGGCGCUGGUCCACAAGGCCGUUGCUGCGUACCCGACGAACGCCGACAUCCAGAGUCGCGGUCGUUUCCUCGCGGCGCUUCUUGCAUGA